ACGAAGAGGGAGCCGAGCGCGGCUCCAUGUUCGCCCCCGGUGCGGAGGAGUCCUGCUCCCCCAGCAAAGAGCCGCGGAAAUACGGAGAGCUCGUGGUGCUGGGGUACAAUGGUGCACUUCCUAAUGGAGACCGAGGACGUAGGAAAAGCAGGUUUGCUCUUUACAAACGCUCAAAGGCUAAUGGAGUCAAGCCAAGCACUGUUCAUGUAAUAUCAACACCUCAGGCGUCCACGGUAUGUGACAGUGGAGAAGAGUGGGUGAUCAGCUGUAAAAGUCAACACAGUAUCUCUUACACUUUAUCAAGAAAUCAGACAGUAGUGGUGGAAUACACACAUGAUGAUGAUACUGAUAUGUUUCAGGUGGGAAGAUCAACAGAGAGCCCAAUAGACUUUGUGGUAACUGACACAAUUUCUGGCAGUCAAAACAGUGAUGAAACCCAGAUCACACAAAGUACCAUAUCCAGGUUUGCCUGUAGGAUUGUCUGUGAUAGGAAUGUACCAUAUACAGCAAGGAUUUUUGCAGCAGGAUUUGAUUCUUCCAAAAACAUCUUUCUUGGAGAAAAGGCAGCAAAAUGGAAGAAUCCUGAUGGUCACAUGGAUGGACUAACUACAAAUGGUGUUCUAGUAAUGCAUCCUAAAGGAGGAUUCACAGAAGAGUCCAAACCAGGAGUAUGGCGUGAAAUUUCAGUUUGUGGAGAUGUAUAUACACUGCGAGAAACAAGAUCAGCCCAGCAAAGGGGAAAGCUAGUUGAAAAUGAGACCAAUGUCCUACAAGAUGGCUCCCUCAUUGAUCUGUGCGGAGCAACCCUUUUGUGGAGAACGGCUGAUGGUCUCUUUCACACUCCAACUCAAAAGCACAUUGAAGCUCUACGGCAGGAGAUCAAUGCUGCACGACCACAGUGCCCUGUUGGGCUGAACACGUUGGCAUUUCCCAGCAUCAAUCAGAAAGAUGUGGUAGAAGAGAAGCAGCCUUGGGCAUACCUCAGCUGUGGUCAUGUGCAUGGCUAUCACAACUGGGGGCACCGAAGUGAUACAGAAGCCAAUGAGAGGGAGUGCCCAAUGUGCAGAACUGUUGGGCCCUACGUGCCCCUUUGGCUUGGCUGUGAGGCAGGAUUCUAUGUCGAUGCUGGACCCCCGACUCACGCUUUUACCCCUUGUGGACACGUGUGUUCAGAGAAGUCUGCAAAGUACUGGUCCCUGAUUCCAUUGCCUCACGGCACCCACGCGUUUCAUGCGGCCUGCCCUUUUUGUGCCACGCAGCUCGUUGGGGAACAAAACGUUGUAAAAUUAAUUUUCCAAGGUCCAGUUGACUGACGGUGUCUACAAUAAUAUCACUUUAACAAGUUACUGUGAAGAUUUUACCACUAACUGUAGAUUUUAAUUUUUUUUUAUAAUAUGUUAAAGGGGUUGAGGGGGUGUACUAAUAGAGAUUGGGAAAAGGGAGGUUACAGCAGUGACAGAUGCCUGGCACUUGACAGAAGUCAGUGAUGCCGCGUUGUAACAGCUGCAUAGUCAUCAAAGCUUGAUUGAUAAGUAUGUUUGUUAUAUCUGUUUGUGAUUGAAUUUUAAAAUGUCAUAUUUGAUUUUAAUCUUGGAUUUUUUUUAACAAAAUUUUUUUCCUUGUAAACUUUGACAAAUCUCUAAAUAAUACUUUUUUCAUUUUUAGGAGUUUAACCAAAAGAUUUAUUGUUGUUGUUGUUGUUGUUUUUAACUAUUACUUUGCAACUGUCAGUAUUUAGGAUCCUAGAAUUAGAGGUGUGAAGGACCUUAGAGGCUGCCUCAUCCAACUUGCUUACUUCACAGAGGAGAGAACUGAGGCACAAAGUAAGUGUCUUGUCCAAGCCAUACAGGUAGUUAGCGACAGAGGCAAAAUUUGAACUGAGGGCCUCAAGACUCCUAAAGCCUGUGACACUUUUUCCACAGUACUGUUCUGCUUGUCUUGAAGAUGUUAAAUCAAGAGUUACAAACAGUGUGUGGAAAUGUUUGCUAACUACAAGAUAGUUAUCUACGUCAGAGUGGCCUGAAUUAGAUUAAAAUGUAAUUGGUAAAUAUUUAACAAAAUAAAUAAAAAUGCAAUGGAAACCUGUGGUUUUCCAAGUCAGCAUGUGGCCUGCAGGGAUUACGUAUGGUUUGUUGUCCCCUGUUUCUAUUGGAAUUCGACACAAAUGAUAUACAUGGUGUUAUGAAAUGAAAAUGUGACAUUAAGCAGUUAAUACAGAGAAUUGUUUUGAUAUUGGAAACUUUGUGACCUAUUUUUUAUCAUAUAAAGUUGAGAAAGAAGAUUCAGGUGUUGUAAUGGCUUUUUAAAAUUUGGUUAUCAGAAUUUAAUUGCUUUGUGCACAUUUGUAGAAUGACUUUUGACAUUAUAAACAGAGAAUUCUCCGUAACUUUUUGGUUUGAGUCUUACACUGUCCCUGCUAUGUACCUUGCAUGCCUAGGACUAUUUGAUUAAUUAAAAUGUAGCAUCUCUCACAAUUCAUUAGCUUGGCAUUAUUGCAGGAGGAGAGAUUGUUUGGGCACCAUAAUACCAAAUUUAUGCAGAUAUGGAGUCAUUUAUUGAGUUUAAAAAGUGAUUGCAGAUCAGUUGGCGGUUUUUUUUAAGCUCUCUUGCAUGUUUUUUGGACUUGGAGAUAUCCAGCAUUCUGUGAACGAAAAGCUCACCUCACACUGUAAUGAAACAGUAGAUUUUGUUCACUCUGCUUCACACCAUCUGUCACCUUCUGUUGCAGCUUGAGGAACACUGUAAGUUUGGAAAAUGUUUGCAAAUCAAACUAAAUUUAAAUGUGAUCAUUAGAUAUACACAACACCCAGUGGUGCUUCUGCAGAGAUAAAAUAAGUGUUUACUGAGGAAUAAUUAUUUUAGAAUUUCUUAUGAGCUUCAACAUCCCAUUCAGUUGGCUUUCUUUAAUUCUGAAUAAUAAUUCUGUGAUACCUCUGGUAACAAGUCUAGAGACUAUCAGUCUAUCCAGGAUGAAAAUGUUCAUUUGGGAGAAUAUUAAUAGCUAUCUGAAAAGAAAUAAAAAUGUACUGAAUGAACAAUAUUUUAAACUAUAACUUCUAUUAAAUUGACCAUUGGAGCUUUUUAUGCUACACAUGAGACCUUUGUAUAGACAUAUAAUUUAUAUAACUUUAAUAUAUUGUGUGUGUAUAUAUCUAUAAAUAUAUACUUGAUUGGCCUGUUGAUAUUUUGACUGUAAAUUGUUUUGUAGUUCAUCUAUAAGCCUAGCAUUUUAAUUCCCUUUACUCAUGGGUGAUGAGAUGUGUUGGUUUUGUUUGCUGCUGUUUUUAAUAUUCUUAUUAUAUAAAAUGUCAGCUUGUCAAUUUAAAAUAGCCUCACUCUUCCAUACACUUUGUGGUUUGGGGUGGGGAGCUUUAGCUUCAGAACACCACAAACCUCCCAUGGCAUUUUUCUCAGUGAUCCCUUUCUGUACAUCUUGCUCAUCUCUCCCUGAAGGCUAAAAACAGAACGAAUUGGACAUGCCUAAAAUAAUAGCACGAGUGCCUUUUUAUUCUGCAAGAGUCUUCUGUGACCUCUGAUCUGGUUCCAAGCCUCACACCAGCAUUGUGGGUUGUUCGGGAUGGACUGUGUUUGCUCAGCCCUUCACCGUUUCAUGGUUUGGGGAAUGAGGAUAAAGGAGUUAUAACUAGCCUAUUUCUGGUAUGUGGUUAGCAACAUACAUUCUUCAGCUUAUUAAACAGUCUGCAGACUAAAUGACUUACUAGUCUUUCAGCCAGAAGGAGCAGAUUUUUCUUUUCUGAGAGAAGUGUGUCCAGAGACCCUUAAGAUUCAGAUUCUCUAUCACUAGUCCUCAAACUCAUGAAACUCUACAGAAAGCAAUUGACUAACCUGAAAAAGCCCCUUACUCUUUUCCAAAGCUUAUCUCAUUAAGUAUUUGUUUGAAAUUUGGAGGUUUCAUUCUCUAAGGAUAGGGCUAGGAUGUUCAGUUUACAGAACUGGGUCACUCUGCAGUCAUUUUUUCCUUGUACCCAGAUGUGCUACUACCUCUUGCCUUCUUCCUUUUCGGAGCUGCCCGUUACGCUUAGAAGCAGAAUGAGGAAGUCCAUAAAAAGAGAAAUAUUUUUAUGCCGAAGUACUUUACUGUCAGUGACAGAAAUGCUUGCCUUUAUAUUUUUGUUUGAUGUUUAAUUUUCUCAAAUUUUUUUUAAAGCAAUUUAGUUGGUAAGUGAAAGAAAAUCUUGUUGCUCACUUGCCAAAGAAGAAAGUAAGCUAAGGAGUAGGAUCCCAGAAGCCGCUUGUAUAAAUUCAGAGUAAAAAGAUUUAUUCUGUCUUCACCUGCAGUGAGAGAAGGGGUAAAGAUUACUGUCCAGUGCCUCUUCCUGAGAGGUUACAGAAAGAGCCUCCUAGACACAGCCCUGAUUCACAGUGAUUCCCUCUGAUGAAGAGGAUAGUAUAUACCAUUUCAAAAGGCAGCAAUAAUGUAUUUCGUAGAAAACACUCUUUUUCUUCAGUUUUUUUUAUCAGUUUAUGAUUGAAAAGAGGUUAAGAGUAGAUGAAGUACUAGUAUUCUGAGUAUAUUUUAAGAGGUUAUUUUUAUGAAUCUCUGCUUUCCCCUGUAAUGUGUACCACACCUCAACAUUUUCCAUCAUCAAGCAUUGUUAGUGACUAUAAUGUGUAAGGUACUGUGCUCUAUUUAUAAAGGUAGGGAAAAAAAUGAAACCAUCCAUGUUCUCAAGGCGUUUGGGUAUAACUUUUUAAAAACAGGACUAAAGGCUCCACCAAGGAGUCAAUAGUAAACUUUUCAUUUCUUCAACUCUGGUCCAAAAGAAUUGAAAUCUUUUAGUUUCCUAGAGUAGUACACAUUAUCAUCAGUUUUAAUUCAUAACUUAUGGUACCACAGUGCCUAUGGAUAACCUCAUAAUAGAGUUGUUUCAUGUAGAAUUUCUGGGGGAAGAGAAAGGAGAAAGCCAUUAAAAAUGCUAGAUUCUGUUAAGGGAGACUAAUGAAUUUGGAUGCAAAAAUAGGCCAGCAGUUGGUCAUAAAAAUAAUUACAGAGGUUUUUUUUUCCCCUGCAUCCUUAGAGAUACAUAACUUCUUGAAGUUACUUUGUACUACUAUAAGGGAACCAAGGAAAUUUUUUUUCCCUCAAAACUUAAAGGGGGAUUGGGGAGAGGGAUGCUCAGGGAAUGUCCAUAUGAAUAGGGAUCAGUGAUUUGCUGCUCGAAGUGAAUGACUGGUCUCCGUUAUAUUGUUGUUCCUUCAAACUCAAGUUAAAGACGUGAUAUAGCUGUGUGAUCUUCUAAAGGUCUAUACCAGGGGUGGGGAAUCUGGCCUCAAGGCCACAUAUGGCCUUCUAGGUCCUUGGGUGUGACCUUUUCACUAAGUCCAAAUUUUACAGAACAGAUUCUAUUAAGGGAAUUCGUUCGGUGAAGUUUGGAUUCUAUCAAAGGGCCACACUUGAGGACUUAGAGGGCCACAUGUGGCCUCGAGGCUGCAGGUUCCCCACCCCUGGUACUGAUGCCUGACACAUGGUAACAAAAGGAAACUUUUUACCCAACUUUUAUUGACCAAGACUUGAACUCUCUUGAGAAAAGGAGUUUUAUAUGAAGAAAUUAGUAUCACUAGAGGUGAGAAGGGAGAAACAUUUUUUUUCCUAGUUCUACUAAGCAAACAAAAAAUUGUUGAAAGGAAAGAUGUCUUUAUAUAAAAUGAAACGGCAGGAAACAAAGGAAAUUAAGUGAUGAUGUUUGUUUGCCAUGUACAGUAUUACUAGCUGUUAGCUGUCUGGAAGUAUUUGUAAAAAAAAAAGGUAUCUUUUAUAAACCAUGUCAAGUUGAAAACUUUAUUUCUUCACUGUUGUGUACCUGUGGAAGUACAAGCCAUUUUACAGGGGGGAAAAAAACCACAAAAACUUCAAAACUAUUAAACUGUUAUUUCAAUA